UCAAGCGAUGGGCCCAAGCCUGCAUUUGCCCCCUUUGGGGCAUUGCAUGGCAUGACGCAGGGCAAUGAUCCAGAGGCGCCACCAGAGGCGAAUGUGACGGAACCCAGCACGCAGCCCGAGGCAGCAGAGGCCGACGCCGAGGCCGCAGACGCCUUGCUGGCGCACGCAGUGCGCCGCCAGCUGAAGGACGUCUACGAGCAGGCGGCCGCCGCGGCUUUUGCGAGGGCGUCGGAGGACGAAGCCGCGGCGGCAGCCCUAAAAACCGCGGCGGAGGACGAAGCCGCGGCGGCAGCCCCAAAAACCGCGGCGGAGGAUGAAGCCGCGGCGGCAGCCCUAAAAACCGCGGCGGAGGAUGAAGCCGCGGCGGCAGCCCUAAAAACCGCGGCGGAGGAUAAAGCCGCGGCGGCAGCCCUAAAAACCGCGGCGGAGGAUGAAGCCGCGGCGGCAGCCCUAAAAACCGCGGCGGAGGAUGAAGCCGCGGCGGCAGCCCUAAAAACCGCGGCGGAGGCAGAGAAGCCCGCGGAGGCUGAGGCAGAAAGCCCAGCGACCCCCGCUGACGCGCAGGCAGAAAGCCCAGCGACCCCCGCUGACACGCAGGCAGAAAGCCCAGCGACCCCCGCUGACGCGAAGGCAGAAAGCCCAGCGACCCCCGCUGACACGCAGGCAGACAGCCCAGCAACUCCCUCUGAGACGCAGGCAGAUAGCCCAGCGACCCCCUCCGACACGCAGGUGACAUCGGAGCUGGAGAGGACUAUGACUCCAAAGAAGGAAGAGCCCAAGGAGAUUACCUGGUCCUCCUUGAGCGUGGCCACCGGAGAUGUGCAGGAGAGCCUCGAGACGGCUGUGCAGUACACCGCAAUGGCCCAGGGCUUGCGAGAGAAGGGCCUCAUCUCCCGCGCCAUCAGGAUGAUGGAGCGCGCCUUGAUGAUCACCCAGCGCUCAGAGCUGGAGCAUCCCACCCUGGCCUUGGAAGCCUGCAAAGUGCGCCUGGUCUUCGCCGCCUACUUGUCGGAGGGAUACCGGCACAGGGAGGCGCUGAGGAUCAUCAAGGAGGCGCAGGAGAGCUUGACGCGGCUCAUGCACUGGGCGGUGCAAUGUCCUGAGGAUAUGGCGGUGCAGGCUGUGGGCAGGGAGGCCCGAGCCCUCCACUGUUCCGCGGUGGUGGCGCAGGCGGUGGCCUCCGACCUCUCGGAGGACCCGGAGGACAUGGACGAGAACCUGAAGGAGACGGCGAGGCUCACCACUGCGAGCAUGCCUCCCGACCAUCCGUUGGCUUCCUUGGUGCGGCAGAACUUGGGCGCGAAGUCAGACCCCCGCUCCACCAAGCGCGCAUUGAGGGAGGUGACGA